CUCGGACUCUCUAGUCCAUUCUAUAACACCGUUAAACCGUGUAUCAAUCGUUAAAUAAUAAAUCAAAACCUUAAAAUAGAGUGCGAUAUAAUCAAUUGCCCCUUUUCCAAUUCAGUUGCAGCAAUUGUCUUCCCCAUGGCUUACGUCGAACGAGGUGUUGUUAAAUCAAAGCGAUCAUUUUGGCGAAUCAAGACAUUCACUGAUUUCUUUUGGGCCGUUGUUAACUUCAUCGGCGUGUUUUUCGCUACAUUGUUCUCGCUGGAGAAGUCAGAUGCCUACAGGAAAGGUUCUGGUAAAAAUUGGGGUGGCGGCAGUGGUGGCGGCGGCGGCGGUGGCGGUGGUGGCGGUCCUCGCGGCCCUCCUCGAGGUGGCCUUGACAAUGUUCGUGGAAUUGACCAUAGUGCAACGCCUGCAUGCGGCUCGUGCUGUGGUUGAGUGUGUUAAAAAUCGCAUUUGUCUAUAUUUGUUACAGUUUGUAUCUGAUUUUCAACUUGUGCAUGACUAACCGAUAUGACUUUCAAGCUAUAUAUGUCUGCAAAUAGGUUGAAAUAGCAAAUUUUUUGCAUAAUAAUCCUUAAAACCAUACAAUUAUGCAAUAUUAUCAUGCUUUAUAUGCUAUA